AUGGUUCUCCUUCUCAUUAUAGUUUGGAAAAUUUUGAGUGCAAUCGUAGUGACAAUGGCAGAUGUGAAUGAAUCGGUUGACAUAUUAAGAUGUCCAAUAACAUUAGACUUAUUUCGUGAUCCAGUCUUAGCUCAAGAUGGUCAUACAUAUGAAAGAACAGCGAUCGAACAGUGGAUUCGAAGAAAUGGUACAAGUCCGCUUACAAGACAACCAUUAGCGAUUGAACACAUCUAUCCAAAUUAUAAAGUGAAACAAAUCCUUGAUACUUUCGAAACGUUAAUGCACAGCAAAAGUUACCAAUUCACAUUAAAUGUCGAUGUGAAAAAGAAAUUAGGGCGGCCUAUGUUUCAAACAUUUGGAAAAACGAUUUAUAGUGCUGAAUGGUUACUGAAUAGCCCGAAUCGACCAAAAAUAGUUCUAUUAAAAAUUGAUGGUGCUCGUGCGAGAAAAGAAGCAUCUUUCUACGUAGAUUUAAGUCGUCAUCCAAAUAUCAUUCGAACAUUUGGUUUUGUAUAUGAUAAAGAUAGCACCGAUCAGAAUAAUGCAGUUCUUCUAUUACAAGAAUGUGCGCCGGAAGGAAGUUUGUAUGAGUUACUCCGAGAACGAAAAACUGCUCCAGAUGAGAAGAUACUUGUCCGAAUGUUUCUACAGAUUACUGAAGCGAUGAUAUAUUUGACAUCUAAUGACUGUAUUCAUGGUGACCUAGCGUGUCGCAAUAUUCUAGUAUUUCGUUUCGAUGAAAAUCAACCGACAAAUAAUGUUGUGAAAAUUGCUGACUUUGGUCUCAGCCGACAUAGCCAACUGUAUUCCAUGACACCCGGUGCUGCACAUACAACAUUGAAUAUUGUUCCUAUUAGAUAUGCUGCACCGGAAGUACUCGCAUCUAGUGCGACGCCUGAUGUUUAUACGGAAAAAUCCGAUAUUUAUUCAAUGGGUGUAUUGAUGUGGGAAGCAUAUUCUCGAGGCUCGAUGCCAUGGUCGAACAUACCGCGUGAUGAGGAUGUGAUUCAAAAAGUCAUUCGUGCCUCACUUGGAGGAUCUCCGACAUCCAGUCAUGCGACACACCUCAACGUUGCCUCCAAUCAAUCGUCACCAAAGUCACCAGAAAAGCAAUCUAAACAAGAAGAAGCAUUCACUAAGUCCAUCAAUUGUCCACACUGCAAACGAUCAGUCAACAUCGAUGAUCACAUUCCAGGAAAAAUUAUUCGACACGUUCACGAAAAUUGCAAGAAAACAUUUCAACAAUUGAACUGUCCACAUUGUUCUGGUUCUCUGGUAUGGAAGGAAGCUAAUUACAAAGAGGGGAAGGUUCAAACUUGUGGUUAUGAAAGUUGCAAGAAAACAUUCCAACAAUUGAACUGUCCACAUUGUUCUGGUUCUCUGGUAUGGAAGGAAGCGAAUUACAAAGAGGGGUAGGUUGAACCGUGUGGUUAUGAAAGUUGCAAGAAAAC